AUGGUAGUGCAGCCUUCCACAAUAGCCGCCAGCAUUGAUGUACACAGAAUGUUGGAAUACGAGAACUCGUUCUGGCCAAAGUACCGGAACGCACUCAAACUUGCCAAGGUAGCAAGAACAAAUGCCACGGACCCUUCGACGGUUUUGUUCGUUCCGGGCCAGCGGUUGGCUCCCAGACGUUUACCAACAAGAGAGGCAAUUGAGUCUCCCAAUCCCACAGUGAUGAUUCCUGCCACGGCCUCCUGGGACUUGGAAUCAAACCAGAUCGGCAGAGCUGCUCCCAGCACCAGAUAG